AGAUUCGAUCACCAUCUCUCUCAUUCACUAACACAAAGUAUUCAAUCUCACAAGGAGAAAAUCAGAGAAAAAAAAAUUUCAACUGGAGACUCGAAAGAAGACGAACGAGAGAGGAGAGAAUUUUUGGAAGCACAAAGCAAGAAACAACAAUCAUAGAUAUGACCUAAUGGGGCAACUAAAGGUUAGAUUUUCAGCCAUUGAUCUUAUUUUUUAUCCGAAUAAGAUCCAACUCUACAGGACAUCCAACUCUACAGGACAUCUCAAAAUUCAAACUGACAUUGAGUAGCAUUAAAAACGCUUUUCUCGAUAUGUAAAUGGGUCCAAGUUUUGGAUGAGUCAAUUUAUCGAGCAAUUGUAAUAGAGAAAUUGGGUGAGCAGCCCAUAUUAUCAUUGCCCCCACCAGACCAGUUGGCAUCACUACCCAACAUAAAACAAUCAUCAUAUCACAAUUCUCCCUCCCCCUCUCUCUCCCUCUCUCUCUCUCUCUCUCUCUCUCUCCAGAAUUUUGAGAAUCCCACUGGUGCACCCAACAUGUAUCCUGUAUACAUGAUGGAAUCCUCUGCAAAAAGCUCAUCUUCAAACCAAAAAAACUUCAUUUCUCUGCCCGCCUGCAAGAAAAGCACACUGGAGCAGCAAUACAAUCAUCAAGAAAUUCCUAAACAGACAUUAUUUGAGAAACCAUUGACUCCAAGUGAUGUGGGCAGGCUCAACCGUCUUGUUAUACCAAAACAACAUGCUAAAAAGUACUUUUCCCUAAACGGCUGCAGAGAAAAAGGGUUGCUCCUAUGCUUUGAGGAUGAGUUGGGAAAAUAUUGGAGGUUUCGAUUUUCUUAUUGGAACAGUAGCCAAAGCUAUGUCUUGACAAAAGGUUGGAGCCAUUUCGUUAAGGAAAAGAGGCUUGAUGCAGGAGAUAUUGUUAUUUUCGAGCGCCACCGGGUGGAAGGUCGCCGGCUUUUCAUUAGGUGGAGACGGAGAAACAUUUACGGUGGCGCGGUCCAAGAAUCUUAUGUUGCUCAGCCGGCUGCGGUGGCUUCUGGUGGCAGUGACGAGUGGAGACAUUCUGGUUACCCUUAUCCAGUGCAUUCUCAAGGGUCUUCUCUCCCAUAUCAACCCGACUGUUUUCGUGCAGUUAAGGAUAAACCUGCUCCAUCAAUGUUACAAAGCCACCUCCAACAUAUUGCUCAGGAUCAGUUUUACAGAGCCAAAGUACACCAAAUGGGAACUCCAAGACGUUGAGAUUGUUUGGGGUGAAUGUUGAGUGCCAUGCAGAUGAGUCCAGCCAGCCGCCCACGCCUGAUGAUUUGCCCAUGUCGAGCGAGGGUCAAGCCCACAUAUGUCAUUUGUAGGAUAAAAAUUAGUUGGAGUAACUAUUAAUGUAUGAUAAUAGAAUGUUAAAAAGAAAACUUAUCCAUCGAAACUCUUGGCUACACGAUGUCUUAAAUUGAAAUUGUACGUUGUUAACUG